AUGGUGGCCUACACUAGCUUCACUUCCAUGGCCCUGCUGGCCCUGGCUGGCCUGGGCAGCUGUGGCAUUAUCGAGCAAUUGCAACAGUCACCAGAUGGUUGGACCUUGUUGGAGAAAGACGUCGAUCCCGAACAGCCUCUUCGUCUCUCAUUUGCCCUGAGGGAGCCCAGCAUCGACGAGAUCCGCAACACCCUCGAUGACCCUUCUGCGCCACACCUCACACGCGAGCAAGCUCUCGAGCUGCGCGCCCCCGACCAGGCCGAUGUCGAGGCCGUCAACGGUUGGCUCAACAAGAAUGGCAUCGCUGACGGUGUCCGCGAAAACGACUGGGUCCACGUCCACACCACCGUCGGCAAGGCUGAGUCUCUCCUCGAUAUGAAGAUGCACCGCUACGACUUUGAGGGAAAGGGGGCCGUCCUCCGAACCACGGCAUACUCGGUGCCUGACGAGCUUGAGGACGCCGUCAGCUUCGUCCACCCCAUUGCCAACUUCAUGGCUCCCAAGAAGGAGCUCUCGACCAUCACCAAGGCCAGGUCCGUCGUGUCGCGUGCCAACCCUUGCGCCCAGAUGACCACGCCCGACUGCAUCCGCCGGAUGUACAACAUGCCCCAGCCUGCUGCUGCCAAUGCGACCACGAAGCCUUCCAAUGGCGUCCGUCUGGGCGUUGCCGGCUUCCUUGAGGAGUACGCCAACUACCACGACGUGUCGACUUUCGUCUCCAGGUUUUCCCCCGGAACAAAGAGCAAGUCGUCCUUCGCCGUCGAGCUCGUCCAUGGAGGCCAGAACAUCCAGAGCCCUGCCCAGGCCGGUGCCGAGGCCGCGCUGGACGUGCAGUACACCAUGGCCCUAGGGUACCCUGCUGAUGUGACCUAUUACUCUACCGGUGGUAGGGGCGCGCAGCUCAACGACUCGGGAGGCGCCACGCCCGAGGAGUUUGUCGACAAUGAGCCGUACCUGGAGCUGCUCGAGCACCUGCUUGCCAAGCCCGACGACGAGCUUCCCCACGUUUUGUCCUUCUCCUACGCUGACAACGAGCUGUCGGUGCCGAAGCCCUACGCCGAGCGCGUGUGCUCCAUGUUUGGCCUUCUCGCCAGCCGCGGAACCACCGUCGUCGCCGGAUCUGGUGACGGUGGCGCUGCCGGAUCGCGCAACUCGACGUGCGUCAGGUACGAUGGAAGCCCCGUCGCCAUGGCCGUUUUCCCCGCUUCUUGCCCCUGGGUCACUGCCGUGGGUGCCGUGUCCAAUAUCAACAACCCUCCCACCGGCGCCGAAUUCUCCGGCGGUGGCUUCUCCCAGUACUUCAAACGCGAGACGUGGCAGGACUCUUCCGUGUCUAGCUACGAGACGGCCCUUGGUGGUCGUCUCCGUGGCCUUUACAACAGCUCCAUGCGCGCCCUGCCUGACAUCUCGGCCGUGGGAACCGAUUUCCAGAUUGUCCUUGCCCAGCAGGUCGUCUCCAUAGCCGGAACCAGCGCCAGCACCCCUGUCCUGGCUGCCAUCGUCGCCCUCAUCGAUGAGGCAAGGUUCGAGGCUGGCAAGAAGCCUCUAGGUUGGCUCAACGGGAGGCUCUACCGCCCCGAGAUCGCCGAGACGCUCCAGGAUGUCAAAGGAGGUGUCAGUCAGUCUUGCACCAUUGCCGGUAUCGGAAUGCCCGGUGGUUGGCCCGCUGCCCAGGGAUGGGAUGCCAUCACCGGGUUGGGAGUGCCCAACAACUAUGCCAAGUUCAUGCAGGCCCUGGUGGACCAGGACUGA